AUGAUCUUAAUAGUCGCCCAUCAUUUUUCGCACGCUCCCGAUCUUCGCAUACUCCCAUUCUCGAACGCCUUCAUGACGUCAUUCCCUCGCCGCGCCUUCCCGUCCUCCCUCCCCCUCCUCUCACUCCUAACCCUCAUCGCCCUCCUCGCGCUCAUCGCCCUACCCCGCGUCGCGCUAGCCUACAGCUUUUCGACCCCCCCGGGGUGCGUCGUGCCGAUGGCGGAGGGCGACCGCGAGGCCAUGCGCGCGGUGUACGCGGCGCUGCCCGACGGCAUGUUCUUCUGGCACGACAGCCCGUCCUCGCCAGAGCUCUUCGACAGGGACGGCAACCUCACGUACAACUGCUGCGCGCCAGCCAGCCUUCGGCCCCCGUCGUGCUUCGUCUGGUGCCAAAUCGAGUGCACGGCCGCCGGCCGCAUCACCGGCAUAUUCUCCGACCCCAGUCCCUAUGACAUGCCCGGGCCCACCGGGUAUCUCGGAGGAAGCUGUCCGCCCGGCGCGCUGUCGCCCGCCAUUGGCGACCUCGCGGAGCUCUCCUCGCUGGUGUUGCGCCACUCGUGCCUCGCCGGCGGCCUGCCGGACUCCGUCACGCGCCUCCAGAAGCUGACGGAACUCGACAUGCCCGAUAACAGCUUCUCCGGCCCCGUUCCGCCCGGGCUCUUCCGCCUGCCCGCGCUCCGCCACGUGGAUCUCAGCACCACCAUUGGCGGCGGUCUUUCAGGGCCCCUUCCCGACGGGCCCGAUGCGUACUCCCCGUCGCUGGUAACGGUUCGCCUUUCCGCUCACAACAUCUCGGGGGAGCUUCCGCGCGCGAUUUUCCGCGCGCCUGCGCUGCGCGAAUUGCGCAUCGAGGCCAACAACCUCACGGGGGAGCUCCCGGGGGAGGCGGGAGCGUAUUCGCGGAGCAUCGUCGCGCUCUCCCUGCGCAGCAACGGGCUGACCGGCGGCAUUCCGGCGGCGCUGGCGGAGAUGACGGCGCUGAGGGAGCUCGACCUGGGGGACAACGGCCUGUCGGGGAGCAUCCCACCCGCCAUCGCCACUCUCUCGCCGCUCACACGCCUCGCGCUCGACCAGAACCGAUUGACCGGAGACAUUAUCGCUGCGCUGGUUCCUGCUUCCGCUGUCUCCGCUGCUCCUGACGCUGCUGCGUCUGCUGGUCUCCGCGCGGCGUUCCCGCUGCUCAACUUCCUGGACGUCAGCAGCAACCAGCUCUCCGGCGACGCGGCUGCGCUCGUGCCUCUCCCGCGCGGCCUGAACGCGUCGCGCAACAACCUCACGUGCAGCGCCGGCAGCACCUUCGUCGCGACCGUUGUGGACCUCUCGCACAACCGCAUAUCCGGCGGUUUGGCGGAAGUCAUGCGCAACGUCAGCGCGAGCGUGCUGCUUCUGGCGCACAACGAGCUGUCGGGGAGCAUCCCCGCGGACCUGCUUUCCGCCGUGCGUGAGGAGCUCGACCUCUCGCACAACCUGCUCUCCGGCACCGUUCCCCCCCUCUGCGGCCCCAGCACGCGCAUCGACCUCUCGUACAACAACCUCACGGGCGAACUCCCGCGCGACGCGGACGCGUACCAGUACGAAAACCCCUUGUACGACAACCUCCCGUACAACAGCCUCCAGUCGCUCUCGUUGCGCGGCAACGGCCUGACCGGCGCGAUUCCGCCGGCGCUGGCGGAGGGGAUGCGCGCGCUGACGCACCUGGACCUGGGGGAGAACCGCCUGUCGGGCGCGCCCACGGCGCUCGCGUCGCUGCGCGGUCUGGACGUGGUGCGCCUCGACGGCAACGCGCUGAGCGGGCCGUUCUGCGACGCGCUGCUGCCGGUGCGCGAGCUCUGGCUGGGCUUCAACGCCUUUGGCGGCGGCGGGGGCAGCGGCGCGGAGGAGGAAGGGGGACAGCCGGGGGAGGGCGAUCUGCACGGGUGCGUGGUGCCCGCGCACGUGGAGGUGCUAAGCGCGCCGCACGCGGGGCUGAGGGGGAGCGUUCCGGGGGACCUGUUGAUGCGAGUGGACGAGCAGUGGGGGCGCAUUGUCAUGGGGUCGCCAGCACGUGUGUUGCAAGCGCAGAGCCUGCACGUGAACCUCAGCCACAACUGCCUCACGGGCAGCCUGAAAGCUUUCUCCGUGAUCCGCAACGGCAGCCUGGACGUGUCGCACAACAAUUUCACGGGCAGCAUUCCCGAGGGGUUGUUCCGCCUGGCGAGCAGUGGGGGCCUGGAGCGCGGGGCGAACGUGAGCGCGGAGAGCAGCAGGGCGGGAGGGCAAGGGCGAAGGCGAGUGGUGGUGGACGUGCGGUUCAACGAGCUGUCGGGGCCGCUGUUUCACGCGCGCAGGGACGCGCAGGGGCCCACGGACUGGAGCGUGCUGCGAGUGAGCGGCAACAGCGCUGCCAUGAAGGGCGCCGUGGGCGCGGGGUACCUCCCCGUGCCGUCGCCAGGCGUGCAGGCGUCCGCUGCGGAGACUGAGGCUCUGCUGGCCGUGCGCGAUGCACUCCUGUGGGAAGCAGCGGGGGAAGCAGGUGGGGGAACAGAGGUGGGAGCGUUGGUGAACGGCGGAAACGGCUCGUGGGCGGCGAUACUGAGCAACUGGGAUGCGAGCAGCAGCAGUGCGUGUGAGUGGUACGGCGUGGGGUGCACAGCAGACGGACACGUGCACACGCUGCACCUGCUGGGGGACGCCACGGUCGCACUGCACCCCAACGUGGUCCCGGACAUGCCCGACUGCCAGAACGACCAGCUCGGGGACAUGUCAUGCGCCUCCGAGCCUCCCCACACCGCACACUUCUUCCUGCAGGGCCUGUCUGCAGGGAGCGGCAGCAGCAGUGCAAGCGGGAGUCUGUCGGAGGCGUUGGGGCAGCUGACGCAGCUGACGUCUCUACGCAUCUCCGGUCACGCACUCUCCGGCGGCCUGCCGUCGUCCCUCUCACGCCUCUCGCUCCUCGUCGCUCUCGACCUCUCCUCCAACCGCCACCUCUCCGGCUCCAUCCCCCCCGCCCUCUUCACCCUCCCCUCGCUGCGAGAGCUCACCCUCCGCGGGAACAACCUCACGGGAGCAGCCCUCCCAACCACCACUGCAGCAGCAACAGCAGCAGCGGCAGCAGCAGCAGCAGCGCUCUCACAAAGUCUGGAGAGUCUAGACGUGGGGGGGAAUGCUCUGUCGGGGUCCAUAGCAGCGCAGGUGAGUCUUCUCACGGGGCUGACGCGCCUGGCGCUGGACCACAACCGGCUGGACGGCAGCUUGCCAAGGGAGCUCGGCGCGCUCUGGAUGCUCACAGACCUGCAGCUGCAGGGGAACGCCCUCCGGGGCGGCCUUUUUGAGGUUGCCACUGCCAUCGACCCCCCUGCCGACGCCACGGCUGCUGCUGCUGCUGCUGCUGCUGCUGCUGCAGGGGGGGUUGUUCCCUCAUCCCGGCCACGUUACCCGCGGAGCUUGACCAAAGUGUUCCCGCUGCUCGACUCCCUGGACGUCAGCAGCAACCAGCUGUCCAGAGACGCCAAUGUGCUCUUCGUCCCGUGGGACGCAAACUACAGAGCGUACGAGCUCAAGCACCCCUUCCCGCGCAUGCGCUACCUGAACGCGUCGCACAACAACCUCACUUUCCAGUACGAGCUGAACGUGCAGACGAUUGCAUCCGUGGUGGACCUCUCCCACAACCGAAUCACUGGCACGGUGGAAGACAUGAUUGGCGUGGCCUACUGGCCGCACGCGUUGAUGGAUGUGCUGCGCCUGUCGCACAACCAGCUGUCGGGGGAAGUGCCCUACUGGCUGCUGAAAAGAGUGGGUGGGGAGCUGGACCUCUCCCACAACCUGCUCUCCGGCACGCUGGAAGACAUAGUUGAAGUGCCGUGGUGGCCGAAUGGGUUGAUGGAUGUGCUGCGCCUCUCGCACAAUCAACUGUCGGGAAGUGUGACUUCGUAUAUGCUGAGAUCAGUGGGCGUUGAGCUGGACCUCUCUCACAACCACCUCACCGGCACGCUGCCGGCGCUGAAUCCAGCAAUGACCGCCAUCAACCUCUCCCACAACAACUUCUCUGGCGCCAUCCCGCCUCUCGCUGGUGCCCUGGAGUCAUGUGACUUGUCGCACAACCAGCUGGAAGGGGCAAUCCCCCCGCUGGGACCGAGACUGGUGCACGUGAACGUGAGCUGGAACAACCUGACUGGGCUCAACGCGUCAGUGCUUCUCCAGGAUGUGAGCGCGCUGCGCAGCCUGGACGUGUCACAUAACGCCAUCACCGGGGGGCUGCCCGCUGUGGGUGAGAGCAGCAGCAGCAGUGGGGUCACGGGCCUCACCUAUCUCGACCUCUCCUUCAACUCCUUCUCCGGCGCCCUUGCACAACAAAACCUGCCAUUCCCAACCACAGGCGAAUGCAGUGUGAUGCAGAGCGGUGCGGAGGUGCGGCUGAGCCACAAUGCACUGACUGGGAGCAUCCCGGAUGCUGUCUUCUCCCCGUGCCUCUCCCUGCUGGACCUCUCCCACAACCACCUCUCCGGCCCCAUCCCAGAACCUCUCAAGGCUGACAACCAGAGUGCCUCCCAUCCCGCUCUUUCCCACUUGGACCUUUCUUCCAACCAGCUCACAGGACCCAUCCCCGAUGCUCUCAUUACCAGCCUCACAGAACUAACUCACCUGAGCCUCUCCCACAACCAGCUCACAGGAUCCGUCUCCGAUGCUCUCACCACCAGCCUCACUGGUUUAACUCACCUGAGCCUCUCCCACAACCAGCUCUCUGGCUCCCUCCUGCCUCUCUCUGCCUGCCCUCGCUGCACUCACAUGGACCUCUCUUACAACCUCUUAACUGGCGCCAUCCCUGACCUACUCCAGGGCACCACUCAGAACUCCUCCCGUCUCCCUCUUUCCCACUUGGACCUCUCUUUCAACCAGCUCACAGGACCCAUCUCCGAUGCUCUCACCACCAGCCUCACUGGUCUAACUCACCUGAGCCUCUCCCACAACCAGCUCUCCGGCUCGCUCCUGCCUGUGGCUGCCUGCUCUCACUGCACUCACGUGGACCUCUCUUACAACCUCCUCUCCGGUGCCAUUCCCCCCCUCCUCGCCUCCUCGACCUCCCCUCUCGCCCACCUCAACCUCCGCAGCAACUUGCUAUCAGGCUCGCUGCCGCGCUCCCUCACCCUCGCGCCAUUGCUCACCCAUCUGGACCUCUCACGCAACAAGCUCAAAGGCUCCCUGCCUGCCUUCUGCCAGGACAAGCAGCGACUCGCCUCUCUCCUCCUCUCCUCCAACGCUUUCUCCGGCCCCCUCUCCUCCCUCCUCCCCUCCUCCUCCUCCUGCGCCUCCGCCCUCCUCUCCCUCAACGUCUCCACCAACCACCUCUCCGGCUCGCUCCCCUCGUCCCUCUCGCGCUUCACCGCUCUGCACUCCUUGCAGACGGCGCGCAACCGCAUGAGCGGCAGCAUCCCUGCAGGGCUGGCGUCCCUGAAGGCCCUGCAGGAGCUGGACGUGUCGUGGAGCGGGCUGUCAGGCACCAUCCCUGCGCGCCUGCGUGCUGCUGCCCCCUCCCUGCAAGUGCUCCUCGCUGGCAACUCCCUCUCUGGCUCCGUCCCCCCCUCUCUCUCUGACCUGUCGGUGUCCUGCUUCCGCCCCGGCAACCCCAAGCUCUGCCGAGCAUGCAAGGGCGAGCAUGCAAGGCCGCCCACACUCCAUAUGCGCAGCCCCGCCUGCCAUGCUCUCACCCGUCUCUGGCACCUGCCUGUCUUCCCCACCUGCAGUGCCAGCGCCAGCCCCCAAGGGCUCGAGUGCAGAGCAGAUUGCUUGCAUGAUUCAGCCCCUCACACACCCCUCUGCCAUGCGUGCCCCCUGCAGGUGACCCGUCUGCCUGUGUGGCACGGCGCCAACUACCUGUCCUUUGGGUAUCGCUUUGGCGAUGUGUGCUACAUCAGGCUAGCCUCCCUGCCCGCCGCCUGGAUGCCCUCUGCAUGCCCUCUCUCACAUCCCAGUGACGUGAGCGCCAUCCCAGACUCCACGUAUCCCCUGCUCGAGAACUGCAAGCUCCUCAUCCUUGUACGUGCCUUUGCUGCCCCCACGCCCACCCACUUAGACAUCUCGCUCCUCCUAGGCAUGUUCUCUCUGCUGCUUUCCCUCGUGCCCUCACCACUCCCACCACCCCUUCCCCACCACUUAUGCUCGUCCUCUCACACCCUCACCACUGCCCCAUCCGCACCUCCUGCCACCACGGCCAAGCUCUGUGCUGCUCUCACCGACCUUGCGUGCGCCCAUCCGCUCCACUCCAGGAUGCCCUUCGUCCCGACCGCUCAAGCGCCUCUCAUUUCGGUCUCCCACAGGUGA